AGUUGCUUAGUCAAAGAUGAAGUAUUUGGCAUUUGUGCUCCUGGCAGCUGCCGUUUGCGCUUCCGAAGUUGAGAAGCGAGAGGCGGAGCCCAGCUAUGGCUAUCGUCGUGCAUACGUAAUCCCAACCUCCACAGGAUACGGGAACCAUCGAAUCUACAAGAGAUCUGCCGAGCCUGAAGCGGACGCUGAGCCCUCUUAUCGUCACGGUCAUGUAAGGCAUUUCAGCGUUCCUGUUCGUAGUUACCAUAAGAGGUCUGCCGAUCCUGAAGCUGAUGCUGAGCCUUCUGUUAUUUACUCUUCCGCAUCUUACCGCAGCUGA